UGGAGAACACUGACUAUCUUUCUGUCUCUUUUCUUCCUCUGCAGGGCAUCCAUGAUCCGUAACCACAACAAUAACUCCCUCUCUACCCCCCCUCAGCCCCUGCGCUAUAGAACCUCUAAGAGUGACCUGUCAGAGAGCGACCUGUCCACCUCUUCCACACUCCCUGUGUCCAGACUGCCCAUGCCCCAGUCAGGAAGACCCCGCCUUUCAUCCUCCCCAGGCGGAGGGGUAUACUCCCGCCUCAUCAGGCCCCAGGCUUCCCUGCUGAGACCCCCUCCCACCCCCGACAGCCCACAAAUCGGCUUCCAUAGCAACACCAGUGGCAGUGGCAGUCACAGCAGCAUCACGUCUCCGGGGUUGAUGAGCCUGUGCAGCGGAGGUGGGGUCGGAGGAGGUGGGGUCGGAGGAGGUGGGGUUGGAGGUGGAGGGGAGCUGGUGCCUGUAGCCCUGGCUCAAUGUGAGGGGGGAGGAGAUAUGGGCUUCAGUGUGACGGCCGGGGGACAGGGGGGCAGGCUGGCCCUGAUCAAGAGGGUCUGGGAUAGGAGGCAGUGCUCCUCCCUACAGCCAGGGGAUGCCAUCAUGAAGAUCAACGGAGUCGACGUCCAGAGUCUCAGCUUUGCACAGAUACAACGAGUUCUCCAGGAAUACACCAAACAAAAAGAAGUUAUCCUAUUGGUUCACAGAGGAGGUUCCCAUCAUUCUUCCAUCUCCCCCAACUCUAUACGGAAAGUCCCCUCACCACUCCUUCGCCCCCCUCCUUCACCUGUGGCCUCAGACAAGAACCCAUCGCCCCCUGCAGUUGUCCUCUUCCCACACCGUCCCACCUCCACCCCUCCUCCCCCUCCCCCAGCCAUGGUGCGCUCCUCUCUUGUCCAGAGCACCAGUUUCCUGGAGUCAGUCCCAGUCACCCUCACCAUGGAGCCCAAAGACUGGCUGAACGCGGGCAUAGAGGAUGAGAGGGACAGGGGGGUGGUGGUCCCAGGACCAGGGCAAGGGGGAGGGGGACGGAAUCGUGUACCCCGGGGAUUCGAUGUGGAGCUGAGGAGGAAGCCAGGAGAGGGGUUCGGAUUUGUCAUCGCUUCACAGGAUGUAGAGAAGGGGAAAGCUGCCUCCCUCCUCCCUCACCGGUUCGUGACGGUGCGUCGGGGCAGUCCUGCAGCGAGGAGCGGUCAGAUACGGCCCGGUGACCGGUUGGAGGCUGUUCAGGGGCAUUCUGUGGUGACCCUUCCACACCGGGAGCUUGCCCACAUCCUCCGCAGAGCUGGAAACACCCUACGCCUCACCAUCAUCCCCCGUCCUAGCACCUACUCCUCCAGCCUAUCAGAGACCACAGAUUAUGACCCCAAUUACACAAGCAGGAAAGGUCACAGGUCACGACCCAAGCAUGACUCUAGGUAUUACAGUGUGGAUCUAGACCGCGGGCAGACAGGGUUUGGGUUCAGCCUGCGAGGGGGCAGUGAGUACAACAUGGGUCUGUAUGUAUUGGGACUGAUGGAGGGGGGACCUGCCUCACGCAGCCACAAAAUACAGGUGAGUGACCAGUUGGUGGAGAUCAACGGGGACAGCACAACAGGGAUGACCCACAGCCAGGCAGUAGAGCAGAUACGCAGGGGAGGACACCGCAUAUACCUGGUUCUAAAGAAAGGCAAUGGAUACGUCCCUGACUACGUCCGUGAGCGCAGAGUCACCUCCCCCUCCCUCCCACAGCAGCACCCCGAGGAGCAGAGUGUGGCUCCAGUAGACCUGGUCCGCCUGGAGGGCUGCAUCCACAGAUCCAAGGUGAAGAAGCGGGGGAGGUCUUCGAAAGGGGAGAUAAAGGAAGAAGAAAGGAAGGAGAUCAGGGAGAGGAAGGAGCAGGGGCAGUAAGACACAGCCUUGAUUCAGACCCUGAUCCUGAGAGACAGAAGGAGGGCAGUGAGACAGGCGGUGGUGGACUGUGAGAGAGGACUCAGGUGAGAGGGAAGGAUAGCAGGAGGAAGAGCAGGAACAAGGGAGGCUCUCACAGUUUACCCAGAGAUGCACUGAGGAACUAUGACAAUGAUGAUAUACACACAG